AUGGCUGUGACGGUGACAAAUAACCGCCAAAUUGCGGAUGAAGAGGCGCGUGCCGAAGUCGAUGUGCUGAGCUCCCGGCUCGAGAAGACGACCCAAUUAACACGGAAGAUACAAGCCUCACUAGGGAGACUUGAUGCCACCGGCAAGAGUGUACGCGAUGUUGCAGGCCCACUCAAUGGCGAGACAAAGAAGUUGCAGGUUCUUGGCCACAACAUCGACAAAGUUGUAUCGUCCAUCGAGAAGCUGCGACAGCCAGCCGAUAGUAAGAAUGACGAGGAACAGAUCAUACGGGCGGGACCUGACAAGGCUGGGCUUGUCAACUAUCUUGCCUCUGUCAAAAGAUUGAACCAAGCCUUGGCCGAUAUGCAGACCUCGAACCUGCGGGCAAACCAGCAAACCAUCGCUGACCUUUCACGCCUAGUGAAGUCUGGCAAUACACAGCUUGAAGGUCAUUUCGACAAACUCAUUCGCGCCGAGACACCGCGAUCGAUCGAGCCACUACACUACAUUACCAAAGACGUCCCGUUCCCCACACUUGCACAAAGCGUGAUCACGCCCUUGGCUCUCAUCAGGGCACAUGUGGCUAGCAGACAACCCCAGGUGACUUCACAAGAUUCUCCAGCUGCGAAGAUUUUUGGCGAUGUCCGAGGGCAAUAUCUGUCAUCAACACUGGUCAAUUUAGCCGCUGCAAGCGUCAAUACGGCAAAGAAGAAGAACUCGGAAGCCAUAUAUAGGGCUGGGACCAACGGCAUCGGCACAUAUGCGCAAGCCAUGGAAGGCCUCUUCCUGGCAGAGUACGAGAAUAUUUGCAACCUCUUCAAUCGGGGUGACUGGGGGCCCAUAUUUCAGGUCACAUGUCAGGCGGCUCUAGCAGAGCUAGCACGCGCUGUUAGAGAGCUGAACGUUCACAUCAAAGCCCAUCUCACUACAGAUUGCUACCUGGCGUACGAAAUAACCGAGAUCAUGUCAAGCCUCUCUGAAAAAUUGGAAACGCGAACCGGGGAGCUUAAGUCGACCCUAGCCGCGGCCCUUCGUCCUGUGAGAGAAACAGCCAAAUCUUCACUAGCCGAACUGCUGGAGGAUACCAGGCGCAGAGUCGGCAACAUGCAAGUACUUCCUGCCGAUGGCGCGCCCGUCUCCAUCGUCUCCGAAACCAUGCAACGUUUACAAGCCAUGGUGGAAUUCCUGCGCCCCGUUUCGAGUAUCAUGGUUUCUAUUGGCGACGGGGGCUGGAAGUCUGUCGCCGCUGUGAAUGGCCGCUCAGCAGAUGUCAUCCCAAGCCUGGCAUCAUUCGACAUUGGUGCUGAUGGCAAGGAAAUCUUCUCACAUUAUUGCACAGAUACUAUUGAGACGUUACUUUCAUCUCUCAAUCAAAAGGCUCAAGCUGUGCUCCGAGGUGGUCGGGGAGUGUUGGGUGUUUUCUUGGCAAAUAGCGUUGUUAUCGUGGAGCGGAUGAUACGCGAUUCUGAUCUUGCUCCGUUGCUUGAGCAGCGUCUGGCAUUGCUCGACCAGUGGCGAAAGAAGUCCAAAAGUCUGUAUACCAUGGACUGCAAGGAGGUAUCCAGUCAUCUGUUCGAUGUUAUACAUACGAACAAACAACGACCUACCUCGGGCCAACCUGAUUCGAGUUCCAUCGUCAAAAGCUUGAGCAGCAAGGACAAGGACAACAUCAAGAACAAGUUUCAAUCAUUCAAUGCAUCAUUCGACGAAAUGGUUGCAAAACACAAGUCCUACAACAUGGAACGGGAGGUUCGUCAGAUGUUCGCGCGCGAUAUCCAGCAAAUGCUUGAACCGUUAUAUAACCGUUUCUGGGACCGCUAUCACGAAGUUGACAAGGGCAAGGGCAAGUACGUGAAGUACGACAAGAGUGCUAUAUCGGCGGUCUUUGUGACCCUAUACUAA